GGCAGGCCGUUUAACCUCUGUUUAACUAACCACCUUCCCUACCUCGAUCGUCCGAUCUAGCGCGCCGACACUUGUCACCAAAGGCUUUACAACACCUCCACCCUCUUCUCACUCCUGCCACCGUGGGCAUCGUUCUGCUAGUUCUGAUAAACACAAAUGUAAACCAGGAGAAUAUGUCUUCUCGAAGGAAAGCCACAGCACCGAGACGGCUCGGCGAGCAAGCAGAUAACGCUGCACAGUGCGGACAAAGCUUCGAUGCACCGCCAUGCCUUGCAAGCGGCAGUUUCAUAAUAGACGAAUCUGGAGAUAAUGAUUCUUGUUCACCAGCACCCGCGAAAAAGCGAAAAAGCAGGAGCAAAAAACUUCUCUUAGAUCAAGAACUAGAGAGCCUUCUGGAAGGGUGUGAUUAUGCAUUGCAAGUGGAGCGUCAAGAUGAACACAGAAAUUCCAUCAUGUUUUGUCUGGGGCAAGUGCAGUUAACUGCACGUCCUGUCUCUGAUGGUAGGAGACUGGAAGAUACCUUGAAAAGUAGCUACAGGUUUUUUAUUGGGUGCAACACUGAGCAGACUGAUUGCUGUGUGGUUUACAACUGCACUGACCAGUGGCUGUGCUUCAAUGCAACUUUGCCCAUUGAUGAGGAUGUGCGGCUCAUCCUCUCGCACCGAAAAUCUGUCCUUCUUGUGGUGGCAAAUGUGGUGGACUCUUGCAUUGUGUUGGAUGUGCUGCUUUCACCAACAAAUGUGUAUCGCCUUAGCCAUGCCAGUGACUCGCCACGGAACUCUGUGAAUUGGGAAAUGCAGGCUCUUGUUCACUAUUUCUUCGGCAUCAGUCACACUUCAAGGCACAUUGAAACGGAGAAGUUUCGGAGACAGGACUUUGACUUGCUCUACGCAAGGAUUGCGGCUGCCCAGUCACUGCAUCCUGCUGCAGAUGAGGAUGAGAAUGCUGUUCAACAUGCAGCAUUGCGGCCUACACUGCGACCAUACCAAAAGGAAGUGGUCAGGUGGAUGCUGAAACGAGAACGGUCACUCUCUGAGAUCUCAGUGGACAAUUUCCUCUACAUGCCACUGGUUGACUGUUAUGGGAAACUGCUCUACUACAACAAAUACGCAGGCUUCUUUGUUGAAAAGAAGAUGGACUUUGUGGCCACUGCCAGACCUGGUGGCAUCUUGGCGGAUGAAAUGGGUCUUGGCAAGACAGUGGAGCUGCUUGCAUGUAUCCUUCUGCACCCAAUGCCCACCUAUGAUCAAACCUCGGCCGCGGCGAGUGACACUGAGGAGUACGAGCUUUCUGAUGACGAUGGGCGCUGUGCUGAGGACUUGGCCGUUCUGCCCGUGGGUAUCCGGGUGGAGUGCCUUUGUGGUGGCCUGGCCCUGGGCUCAGACAUUGAGGAGGUGGUGCGCUGCCCCGGCUGCCGUGCCUACCACCACCUUGCGUGCACCACUAGUGGUGGCCUUCGUGCUGGCGAGAAAUACCUCUGUCCGCAUUGCUGGGUGGACCCUGCAAAGGAGAAGAUAAGAGUGAAGACGACCCUCAUAGUGUCGCCAUCAAGCAUCGGAUUCCAGUGGCUGGAAGAGAUUGAACGACACCAAAAGGAUGAUAGGCUGCAUGUGAUGGAGUACCAAGGUGUACAGAGCCAUGGUUUUGUUUCACCACUGACAUUUGCCAACUAUGACAUUGUGCUGACCACUUAUGAGGUGCUCAAAAAGGAGCUCAACUUCACUGACUUGCCCCAUGCCAACAGUACCGAUGGUCGGUCAUUCCGGAAGCCACGCAAGUUCCUGCCUACGCCGUGCCCAUUGACAGCACUGCUCUGGUGGCGUAUUUGUCUGGAUGAGGCCCAGAUGGUGGAAGGUACAGCCACCAAGGCAGCCCAGAUGGCCCUCAAGCUGUCGGCAGUCAACCGCUGGUGUGUCACUGGAACACCCAUCCAGAAAAACCUGCACGACAUGUAUGGUCUGCUCCUAUUUCUUGGUGAGGAACCGUACAAUGUCAAGUUAUGGUGGAACGAAUGCCUUUUGCUGCCAUACUGCCAUGGGGACACUGAGCCUCUUGUCACUGUGCUUUCAAGAUGCUUCAAGAGGACCAUGAAGAGGAAUGUCCUGGAACAGAUUGGCGUUCCACCACAGGAAAGCAUCUUUCACACUCUCAACUUCUCUCCCGUUGAAGAAGUUUUCUACGAACGACAAGCUGAUCGAUGUGCCUCACUCUUCAGGGAACAACUUUGUAAAUUUCCUGACCAUAGCAUCAGGAUUGAACAGCUGGACAGGCACUCUGUCGGACUGCUCCUGCAGCCACUGGUUCGGUUGCGGCAGGCCUGCUGCCAUCCACGUGCUGUACGGGGUGCCUUCCUGCCAAUGAGGACUGAUUCAUUAACCAUGGACGAACUGUUGGCAUCACUGAUCAAAAAGGCAACAGUGGAAUGUGAAGAAGCACAUCGACGAAUGGUGUCAGCGAUGAAUGGAAUCGCAGGCAUCCACAUAAUCCGGGAUGAAAGGAGGGAGGCCGCCGAUGCCUACAGAGAAGUUCUGUGGUCGGUGAAGGAUCACAGCAGGAACAUCAAGACAGACCGGCUGCAGCAGCUGCAUGCCCUGCACAAUCUGGCCCAGCUGCUGGAUGCCUGCAAAGCCGAGGGACCGCUUGACCGCAGUGGGGAAUGCUCGCAAAGCAGCCAGGACACCAACAUUCUGCUGGGUUUUGUUGCACGUGUAUCAACGAGCGCUGCAGGCACUCUAGCCUCAACAUUAGACAGUGUUCAGAGUGCUGGUGACUGUGGCCCCACAAGUGUGGUACCAGAUUGUGUGGGUAACACUGGCGUCUGUGAGAGUGCAAGUGAGACUUCAGAUGGUGCUAGUAACCCUGAUGUGACAAGUGCCAUGUCUCUGUGCACUGCAGGUGGAGAUGACUGUGAUCCUACAUCCAUGCUUGGCUCUAGUGAGCAUGCUCAUCCUGCUAGCACAGUGUUUGGCAGUACUGUGAUUACCAGUAGCUGCAACCCUGAAAGCAAUGCCCAAAGCUGCAGUCACAGUGGUAUGCUUUCAGGCUGUACAGAGAAUGCUGGUUGCCAUGAUAAUGGAAAUGUGUUACCAGUAGGGGCUGUGAACACUGAUGACGGUGGUUCUGCAAGAAACCCUGGUGUACUGGAUAGAACUUUCUGCACCAGUGUGCCUGGUGUUGCGUGGACGACGAAAACGGCUGAUUUAAUGAAGUCAGCAACCUCUAUCAUUCCAAAAGUUGCCUAUAUUCCACAGGCUCCUAUUGAUGACCAGCUGUGUGAGGAGGCAGCUAAGUUGCGAGAGUCAUACCUGGAAGGCUACCUCACCACGAUUUGUGCUGCCAAGAAGCAGUUCAUGCAAGCAACCCAUGCAGUUGAGGAAACAGUCAACAAGUUUUCACUCCCCAAGAGGCAACCAUGGUGGAGCACCCUCUUGAAUGCAAGCAUGGAAAGCAAUAAAGAUGAAUGGCUCAUUGGAAAGGUUAAGGAUGACCUGGAAGCAAAAAAGUCAGAUGUCAGGUCUUCAUCAGUCAGCGACCAAUUCAACACAGCUCAUGGACUACAGUACGUAGUCGACACCCAGAUGCGGCAGCUGGAGGCCGCCAGGGAGAACCUGCUCGGUGCAGUCAAGGCUCUCUCUGCCAACCCGUCAGCUGACGAGGUCGUGUCAGCGGUUGAAUGCCAUCUCAGGCCGAGCAAGAAAAAAAGGAACAAGUGCAACUACUGUGUUGUGCACGAGCUGUUCAAUUUGUACGAGAGUCGCCUGUUCUGCUUCUCUGAGGACGCUGCGCACGAGGAGGCCCAAGAUAAGGAGGAUGCGCUGUUUGGUGCCCUCCGUCGUGGGAACUGGGGUGACAGCAACUUGGAGAAGAUCAUCAAAAGCUUGAGCAAGAGUUCAUCCUUUGCAGGUGACAGAGCCUUGUGCAGUGAUGGUCAAGUGCAUGUCCAGCUCUUUGCUGCUUUGAAGAAAGAAUUUCGGGCAAUGCGAGCAGUAUACAUGAACAUCAGGGAUUUUGUGGGUGCCCUUGAUGAACUGGAGAUGGCAACCGUCCGCCUGGAAGUCCAUCUGCCCAGCGAGGAGGUGGACAAGGAUGCCCCACCUCUGCCUGUCAACGUCCUCAGGCCGUGGGAGGUGCCAGAACAGUGGUCAAUGCUUCUGUAUGAGAAAGAGCUGCACAAGAAUGAUCUCAAGAAAAAACUGGGGCAGCUUUUCUACCUGCAAAACCUUGAAAAGGCUGGCAGCCACAGGGCGGGUGAGUGCAACCCUGAGCCGUGCCCCAUCUGCCAGAAUCCACUGGGCACCCGCUGGAGUGUGAUGCAGUGUGGCCACAACUUCUGCCUGGACUGCAUCAAGAUGGUGUGCAGCACUCCGUCCUGCAUGCGCAGUGGCAGCCUGCUGUGUGCCGUCUGCAGAAGCAGCUGCGCUCAUGGGGAUGUCUUCUAUGUCCAGACCACUCCUCCAUCGGCCCCACAGUCCAGGUUUUCCCUCAAGGGCAGCCACACCACCAAAAUAGGUGGCAUCGUAGAGACAAUUCUGGAGAUUAAGGCUGAUGACCCUGAUGCCAAGGCCCUUGUGUUCACCAGCUGGUCUAUUGUAAUUGACGUCUUGAAGAAAGCGUUGGAAGAAAAUGAAGUGUCUUACAUCACUCUUAAGCCAGGACCAAACUUCAAGAAUAAUUUAGCACUAUUCAGACACGACCCAUCAAUCAUGGUGCUGCUGCUUCCGCUUUCAUUGGGAGCCAAAGGCCUCAACCUGACGGAAGCCACACAUGUGCUCCUCGUCGAACCCAUUCUCAACCUUGGGGAGGAGCUGCAAGCCAUAGGCCGGGUUCAUCGUAUUGGGCAAACACGGAAGACUUACAUUCAUCGCUUCAUGGUGAAGAAUACUAUAGAGGAACGCAUCGUCGACUUCUUAAAAUCAUCACAGACGUCUCGGAGCUGCUUAGAGGACCAUGCGAAGAUGACCAUCGACGACCUAAAGAAUCUGUUUAAGUGAACGCAAUGUCCGCGAA